AUGAGCUUUAAGAUCGCAAGCCGGGCUUUUCGCAUUGCUACUCGACACUAUUCAACUCGAUCGACGGCACUUCGGGUUCUUGGCAUUGAGACGUCCUGCGAUGACACUUCGGCUGCUGUUGUAACGUCCGAUCGACGCAUUUUAUCUGAAGUACGACAUGGACAACGAGACAUGCACGAACCUAUGGGUGGCAUUGUGCCGACACUUGCAAGUCUUGGCCAUUCACGCAACCUUCCCAAUGUUAUAUGCCAAGCACUCGAUGAAGCAGGGUUAUCAGUCCAUGAAUUGGAUGGUGUUGCUGUUACUCGUGGUCCUGGGUUGCCACCGUGCCUACCAGUGGGAUUGAAUGCUGGCAAGACGUUGGCUGCUGUAUGUAAGAAACCAUUGAUUGGUGUGCAUCAUAUGGAAGCACAUGCAUUGACAGCAAGGUUGACAGAAUCCAUCGCACCAGCCUUUCCUUUCAUGACCCUUCUCAUCUCCGGUGGACAUACCAUUUUAUUGACAGCCAACCGCCUUGGAGACUAUGAGAUCCUUGUUGACACUAUGGAUAAUGCUGUGGGUGAAGCCAUCGACAAAACGGCACGUCUCCUUUCGUUACCAUGGGAAGGGAGUAGUCCUGGUCCUGCAUUAGAACGAGCAGCUGCCCAAGGUGAUCCCAAUCGAUUCCUUCAACGACUACCAACACCACUCUUAAAUGACAAGAAAUCAACGUUUGCUUUCAGCUUCUCGGGAUUAAAGACGGCUGUUGCACGACUUGUGGAAAAAGAAAAUGUAUCAACGACUCAAGAUAUCAAUGAUGUGGCAGCUGCUUUCCAAGCAAGAUGUAUUGGCCAUAUUGAACAGAAACUCAAGCUGGCCCUGGAUCGAGAAAUCACAUUCAACAAAAAGCCGUUAUCUUCCUUGAUUGUGAGUGGUGGUGUAGCAAGCAAUCGAUAUUUCCGUGACAGAUUACAAUCAGUGACAGCCGCGUAUGGAUUACCUCUCGUUUGUCCACCACCUAAACUAUGCACAGACAAUGGUGCCAUGAUUGCAUGGGCAGGAAUAGAACGCUUACAAGCUGGUCUUGUCGAUGACUAUACCAUCACAGCCUUGCCGAAAUGGUCGCUUGAAUCGCUCAAAGAUGCAUUAUAA